AUGUCUAUGAUGAAGUCCGUCCGCUUUCACGGACCGGGGGAUGUCCGUGUCGACGAUGUGAAAGAGCCAAGUUGCGGACAAGGUCAAGUCAAAGUCCGUUUGAUCCGUCCAUUCACAACUUCGGCUAAUGCGAAACUAGAUGCGGCCGACCUAUGCUGGCAUCUGUGGCUCUGGCCUGUUAUUUGUGGAAUGUUCUUCUUACAAUGGACAGACUUGCAUGAGUAUGUCAGUGGACCGAUGUUGAUUCCUCGGCAACCACACCAGAUCACUGGCUCUAAAUACCCGGUAUCUAUGGGACAUGAGUUUGCGGGCAUCAUCGAAGAAGUUGGCGAGGGUGUGUCGCAUGUUGUUGCUGGUCAGCGUGCUGCUGUUCGUCCCACGAUCUUCGAUAGAACUUGCCCCCCUUGCAAGCAGGGAUAUAACCACUGCUGCGAGAAUAUUGGCUUUAUAGGGCUGAGUGGGUAUGGUGGAGGGAUGUCCGAAAAGAUUGUGGCGCCGGCAGACCAUUUCUACGCAAUACCGGAAACGGUCUCAUUGGAAGCGGCCUCAUUUAUUGAGCCGCUUGCUGUUGCCUGGCACGCAGUCAAAAUUUCCCUGUUUAAACCUGGGGACUCGGUACUUAUUGUGGGCGGUGGUCCGAUUGGACUUGGCGUAUUACAAGUCCUGAAGCUCCAAGGCGCCAGCAAUAUCAUUGUGACAGAACUUAUGGAUAGUCGCAAAGAUCUCUGUCUAUACUACGGCGCAACAAACAUUAUCGAUCCAAGGGAAACGAAUGUCGCGCAGAAGACGCGAGAGCUAACCGGUGGAGUCGGCGCAGACAUCAUCUUCGAUACAGCUGGUGUGGAGAGGGCACUCCUGGAUGCCAUUCCAGCAUGUCGUACCCAAGGCACAAUAGUCAAUAUUGCCGUAUGGGAGAAACGCCCAUCCUUCCCCGUAAAUCAGUUGAUGUACAAUGAGAUCCGUUAUGUGGGUGCAGCAUUGUACGACGAGGCGUCUUUCCUGGAAACAAUUCAAGCCUUCAGCGAUGGCCACCUCAACCCCGAGGCAAUGAUCACUGCACGGGUUCCCCUCGACGAAGUGGUGGAAAAAGGAUUCAAUGCUUUGUUAGAGCAUCGCGAUCGGCACUGCAAGAUUUUGGUGGAAGUACAGUCUUAA